GCAGAACACUGAAGCAAUUAAUUCUGAAAUCUCAAAACUUGUACUCAAAUAGAAUACUCCGUGUAUCCACCACAGCCAGGACCGCCGAAGGCCACCCUCCAGCCUCGCCAUCUACCGCCGACCGCCACCCUCCAACCUCCAAAUCUGAAAUCUCCGUAAGCUGACUUCCGUAUGUGUUUGAAAUUUUGUAGCCAAAUCAAAAUGAGAUACGUGCUUAUGAUUGAUUGUAUACCAGGUUAUGGAGUAUUAAGCACUAACUCCAGCAGAAACAGAAGUCAAGUUGCUUUUCGUGCAUGCAGAGGAGUGAAGACAAUGCUCUGAAGAUCAUGUUGGCAUCAUCAAGAAAUUCAUGUUGUCGGUUUUCAAAAUCCAUGUUAAAUGUUUCCAAACUUUGUUGGAAGCCUCAUCUUUCUUCUAGCGUUUUCACGGAUGGUGAUCUCAGUCAAUUGUUAUUGAAAAGAACAGGUUUAAUCAGUCAUGUAGUAGACUCAAUCUGGAGAUGCUACUGGCCAUUAAAAUUCCAUCCUGGAUUCUCCUAUGAGUCCCCUCCAGUCAAUACAUUAUUAUUUCAAAGAUCGUUUGGGUUUCAUUCGAAACCAUUAGAGGCUAGACAAAUGCGUGAUGUGUCAAUUGAGCUGAAGACAGAGAAAGAUGUGGUGAGAUUUUCGGUCAGUGAAGAGACGCAGAAGGGUCGUUCACAUGCAAAAGAUAAGAAUGUAGGCAAAAAGAUUAAAAUGUCUAAAAGGGCUAAAGUGAAUGAACUCAGAUUUUACAGAUUGAAGGCAAAGAAGAAAAUGAAAUCGCCAAAUCCUGAAGUUAGAAUAAGAUACAAGCUUGAUAAGGCAAAACGAAAGGAGGUUUGGUUGAUUGAGAAAUUGAGAAAAUUUGAGGUUCCCAAAGCGCCAGCUGAACCACAUGACCCUGAAAUUUUGACAGAAGAGGAUCGCUUUUAUUUGAAGCGCACUGGUGAGAAAAAGAAAAAUUAUGUACCUGUUGGAAGAAGAGGUGUAUUUGGGGGUGUAGUUUUAAAUAUGCAUCUUCACUGGAAAAAGCAUGAAACAGUUAAGGUUGUUUGCAAGCCUUGCAAGCCAGGGCAAGUUCAUGAAUAUGCUGCAGAGUUGGCACGCUUAAGUGGAGGCGUUGUUAUUGACAUCAAACCCGACAAUACAAUAAUAUUUUAUCGAGGAAAGAAUUAUGCCCGACCAGAUGUUUUAUCCCCUCCAGAUACCCUAUCCAAAGCAAAGGCCUUGGAAAAGUAUAAGUUGGAGCAAUCACUAGAGCAUACAAGUCAAUUCAUUGAGAAAUUAGAGAAAGAGCUGGAAGACUACCAUGAAUACCUUGCUCAGAAGAGGGAAAGAGAGGCUUUGAGGGAUUUGGAUGCUAAUACUUGAAGAUCUGCUAAAGAGAAGGAUCUCCAAGCCAAGCUCUGCUGUAGAGAAUGCGGUGACGAUGGCAGUGCAUUACCUUGGCACCCUUUAAACAGCGGAUUAAGGCGGGAUAUAGCCGGGGAAGAUCUUAGAAUUGUUUCGUCGUUACUGCUGGCAGAGGAGCAGGUCAUGGCCGUGGCCAAAGCCAACGACGUUUUGCUAUAGUUUGCUCCUUUCUUCGAUAUCCCACCACCACCAUGAUAUCUGAAUGGGGAGCUCUUGGCCUUGCCAUUGUUGUCCAGGUAAAGAGCACAAGCCAGUAGGUUUCUGCGUUUUCUGAUGUAGGCGUUUUCGGGUUUUGCAAGCUCUUUGAUUGAUGAAGAGGACGACGCCUCGCGGAGAGUUGUGAAUGACUUUGAUCUGCCAUUGUAGAAUCUUGAUAUGCCUUGCCUGCUCAUGGUAGCAGCAAUACAGGAAAUUAAACCAUGUACCUUCUUUUAGUUAUUGUGGUUAUAAUUAUAGACAAAAACAAAAAACAAAGAAUAAGCUCACAGUUCGCACAGACAGCUCAACUGGUUAUCAUACGAGACUAACAAUUGAGUCUAAUCUGCGACAAUACAGGAGUAACCUCUCAAAUGAGGCUCCUUGUGCGCAGUGAAUAAAAGUCUAGCCUCUAUUGUUCAGUUGA